AUGACCGGCCAAAGGACUACCAAAGCUCCCCUCGAUAUCAAGGUCGUGGGAGCUGGAAUGAGUGGGUUGAGUGUUGCUAUAUCGUGUGCGCUUGCUGGACAUCGAGUAGUUGUGCUUGAAGGCGCGAGGGAAUUGGCAGAAAUUGGCGCCGGCUUCCAGAUCACACCGAACGGCAGUAAAGUCUUCCAGCAAUAUGGCGUCCUAGACCGAUUAGCAUCAAAGGCAGCAGAACCGACUCUGCUCCAAGUAAGACGAUGGUCCGAUGGCAAGGUGCUGUCUCGAACAGAAGACUUCAACGUGGAGAUGAAAAAGAAGUACAAUGCGCCCUUCUGGGACCUACACCGUGUCGAUGUACAGCGUGUACUAGCGGAUCGAGCCCGAGAGCUGGGAGUCGAGAUCAGGCUGGGCUGUCGAGUAGAGGACAUCGACUUCGACAACGCAACCCUACAGCUCUCGAGUGAUGAGAUCCUGCAAGGCGACCUGCUGGUAGGCGCGGACGGGCUAUGGUCGAAAUGCCGACAACGAUUCCUGGUCGCCAAAGGCAAAGUAGAGGAUUUGCCACUGCCUACCGGUGAUCUCGCAUAUCGAAUCGUGCUCAACCUAGAUGAAGUUAAGAACCAAGAGGUCAAGGACUGGAUAUCACAACCUACCUGCCAAUUUUGGGUCGGCCCCGCAGCUCACGUGGUGGCAUACUCUGUCAGGAAUGGAACGAUGUCGAACAUAGUUCUCCUCGUGCCCGACAAUCUUCCAGCAGACGUCGCUCGCCAGCCUGGAUCACUCGACGAAAUGCGAGCCAUCUUCACGGAAUGGGAUCCCAUGCUGAAUCGCUUCCUUGAUGAGGUGAAGACUGUCGAAAAGUGGAAGCUGAUGCAUAGAGCCGAGUUGGACAGCUGGGUCAGCGACAAGUCCAACUUUGUGUUUGUCGGCGAUAGUUGCCAUAGCAUGCUACCCUACCUCGCUCAAGGCGCGAACUCCAGCAUAGAGGACGGCGCAGUGUUGGGCAACGUGCUCGCUGCACUAGAAUCCAAGUCCCAACUCCCCGAAGCGCUGCGACUAUAUGAGCGAAUACGGAAACAACGCGGCGAGGCCAUUGUACGAGAAACGUUUGCUCAGCGCAAAGACUUCCACUUGCUCGAUGGGCCCGAGCAGCAAGCGCGCGAUGAGCUCAUGUUAUCGAAGUUGGGCAAACAGAUCGAUUGCAAGUUCCCAUCGCGAUGGCAGUGUCCUGAGGUACAACCGUGGCUCUACGGGUACGAUGCGAAGGAGGAGGUUGAUAGGGCCUUGGAACAAUGGCCAUUGACUGCGAUUGCGGCGCACAACUGA